CUCCAGCAUAACUGAGCAUAACCUCAAAACCGGCGUUUUGCGUAUCGCGAGAAAAAACAGUCGAGCUACAAUUGCAUUGUUCUGAGAAUAAGUGCCGAGCGAUAGAAAAGACGACAGACAAACACACACAUUUUAUGAGAAUGGCAUUUACGUUUACAACAAUACAAAGCACGGUGAGGUAUCUUCAAAGUACAAUAACUCAGCGUCAGAUUAGCGCUCAAGUAUUUUUACAACUCAGAAGCUACAGUCGAUGGGCUCACCGUAAGCCUUCAAAAAUCGUUAACGAGAACGAACUGUACGACGAGCAGGAGUACGCCGUUCCUCAAAAUAUUCUGAGGACUGCACAGUUUGCACAUGCUCGACGGCAAAAGCUCAAGCUGGCGGAGGACAAGAAAGAAAAUAUAAAGAUUCAAGCGAAGCAGAGAGAAGGUGCCACGUUGAACGACGACGGGACUCCGGUUUUCACUAAACUAGAGAAGGACGAUCCCAUAAUAACCUCUUUAAUGCAAAUUAUAAGAUCGCGUAAAAAGGAGAAAGCUGACAAGAGAAUUUUACUCGAAGGAUUCAGACUGAUCGAGGAUGCGAUAAAAGCUGGAUGUAUGCCUGAGAUUAUUAUCUUCAGCAGAACAGCUGACAUUGCUAAAAUACCGCUACCCAAGGAUGGUGUCAAGCUUUAUAAACUUCCGUAUCGUACGAUACAGCUGUGGUCGGAUCUAACUACUUCCCCAGGCAUUAUGGGUAUAUUCGUACCUCCCGAUGUAAGUGAGAAGGAACCCUCUCCAGAUGCGUUACCAGUAACUGUGAUCUGCGACAAUGUAAGAGAGCCUGGAAACUUGGGAGCUAUUCUUCGGGUUGUAGCUGGAGUUGGAUGCGAGAGAGUAAUUUUAACCAAAGGCUGCGUCGAUCUCUGGAAUCCAAAAGUGCUGAGAUCAGCGGCAGGCGCGCACUUUCGCCUGCCGAUACACAAAUCUCAAACAUGGACCGAAGUUCAGUAUUUGAUAAGUGAAAAUGCGGAUAUUUUCGUUGCUGACAACAAUUCGGAAUCAUCGGUCGACUCCAGUGCGGUCCUCGGUACUUCAAGCUCGGAUUCUAGCUCAAGUUCAGACUCUGACAACAGCGACUCCGAGGCUGAGACUGACGCAGGAUCCAAAGAAGUUUUUAAGUAUACCGAUAAAGAUUCUACCGAGAAGCCAUCCGGCGAUGCCAAGCUUUCAAAGUCAGAUGAAAUUGCUGAUUCAAAUGAAACGAAGGCUCGAAAACAAGCCUUUCAUACCAACGCAGAAACGUUACCGGUCAUACCGUAUUUCGGUGCCCAAUACACAGAUAACGAAACUAUAAUAAUAGUCGGUGGUGAAACGGAAGGAUUGAGUCCAGAAUGUAUUGCCUUGGCUACGCGCAGAGACGGUAUGCGAGUUAAUGUUCCACUAACGAAUGGUGUUGACAGUUUGAAUACGGGAACGGCGUUAGGGAUUCUUCUCUUCGAAAUAAAGAGACAGUUUUUAACUAGAAUAAACGCGAUGUGAGUAUACGUUCCAUAGCUGUGUAUAUUACAUGUUAUUAUGAAACAAUUAAAAUUGACACGUUUAUGAAUUGUAA